AAAGAAUAUCAUUCAUAAAGCGUCUGAUUAUCUAAAAUUCCACGUGUGCAUACAUAUUUAACGAGGAAAUCGAAGGGAGAAUAAUUCUGGCCUGAUUCAUUGUUUAUGAAUGUGACACAAAAAUCCCGUUAUUGGAAUCACAGUUGUAUUUAUUAUUAGUAUUACUUCAGUUAGUACAAGAAGACUCGUUGUCGGAGAAAUAGCAAAUAAGUCGUCUACACAAGGAAUAUUUACAAUUGCUGUUACAGUAAAUAGUGCACUACAAUUAAUUAUUACGAAAAUGGGCAACAAUUAUUUGGUCUUAUUUUGUCUCAUCGUUGUAAUUUCGUGUGAAUACGGCGUGGCUGGAGGAAACUUGGGAAGAAGAAAUUUUACACAAUCAGUAGUGUCACCAACUCAAGAACCGUGUUAUCGAUGUAGAUUUCUCAUCUUGCAAUUUGUGUCCGCUGUGUGUCCAAGGUUGAGAGGGGCGAAAAUUAAUGUCGACCAACUUGACGACAUAGUAGCGUCGGAUCCUAAAAUUAAGAACAUGCUGAAUAAUAUUGACAGCAUGGGAGGAAACGCUGUGUUUUGGAUGAAUUUAGCCGAAAGGUCGAAACAGGCCAAAGUUUUUAUCAGAUGCCCACAACCGGUGAGGAAUGCAGACAAACCCAAGUUGAGAUUCAAUACUAAUGGAACGUUUAAAAUUGUUAACUUUGCCGAUUUACAUUACGGAGAAUAUCAAGGUUUACCUCUGGGUAAAGAACAAGAUAACAACUCUACGCGUGUAAUGCAGACAAUAUUACGGAUCGAGAGACCAGACUUUGUAGUUCUCACGGGAGACUUGAUAACUGGAGAAUUCGUGUUUUACAACCCGGAAUUUUAUCUCCGAAAAGUCUUCAAUACUUUGGAGGAGAGAGGAUUCAGGUGGGCAUCAACUUAUGGCAACCACGACAAUGGAUUCACCUCCACGAGAGAAAGUAUUUUCGCCGUGGAGUCAACUUUCUCCAACUCAUACACCCAAACCGACGGGACGGAUGACUUGGCCGGGUUGACCAACUACUAUUUGCUCGUGUACUCCUCUAACGCAACAAGUAAUGUGACCAACGAGGUCGAAACACCCGUCUUAAUUAUGUGGUUCUUCGACUCUCGAGGUGGCUUUGACAUGUAUGGACUCAAGCCGGCCAAUGUGGAUGAGACGGUGGUUAAUUGGUUCAAAGUUGAAAAUGCCAAGAUGAAAAAAAAAUGGGGAAUUGUGCCUGCUUUGGCGUUCUUUCACAUUCCCACCCGACAAUAUCGGGCAAUUCAAGCCACAAUUUCAAUUAGAAGCGACUGUGUCGGACUGGUUGAUGAAGCAGUUGUAACUCAAGAUCGUGAGACUGGAUUGAUGGAUGCUCUCGUUAAUUCGGACACCGUUAUGACAACCUUUGUUGGACAUGACCACGAUAAUUCCUGGUGCUGUAACCAUAAAAAGAUGCAAAUUUGCUACAACAGGCACAGCGGAUACGGAGGAUACGGAAACUGGGCACGAGGUGCGCGAGUGGUCAAUCUUAAAGAAGAAGAUAUCACACAUCGACUAAACUAUGUACGCUUGGAGAACGGUACAAUUAUUGAUGCUUUCCCGAAGGGGAGUGAAUCAACUUUUAAGCUAUAAUUCUCAUCCGCCGAUUAAAAUAAAUUCUUGCAUUUUAAGUA